GUGACUGAUCCAGAAUCAGCAGCUGCUGCUCCUCUCCCCUCUCUUCUUAUGAGCAGCGCUACACCGCGCAGAGCUCCAGCCGCGCUCUCUCCACUUCAGGAUGGACUUGUCUUGGUCUCCUUCUGCGCAUUGCUGUCUCCGUCUGUAGUUCAGUGGGAGUUCCCGGCAGGAGGGAGCAAGCGCUGUCUUUGUCUGCUUAAUUUUUUUUUUUUUUUAUUUAAUUUAUUUUUUAUUUAUUUUUUUUUUUUAACGGAACAGUCACUGCACAAUCAUUUCCGAGCGGCAGUUCAGAAAUGGGAAUGUAUUUGCAUCUGCUGCUCUUGCAGGGUUAUUUUGUCUCGAAUUUUUUGUGCAAUGCCGUUGCUUUCGUGGAGGAGCCCGCCGGAGGGAGGUCGGACGGGUACUGCGGGCGGAUCCUCCGGGCGCAGACGCAGGGGACCCGGCGGGAAGGGCACCACGAGUUCAGGAUCAGGGUGGAGGGGGACCCGGAGACCUACCUGCCGGGCAGCACAUACAGAGUGGUGCUUCUAGCUAGCAGCCCUGCUUAUUUCAGAGGCUUUACUCUCAUCGCGCUGAAGGAGGGCAGAGAGGGCACCACAGACGAAGACUUCGCCGGCCAAUUCCAGAUCAUCGAUAAUGACGACACCCAGUUCAUGACCAACUGUCCUCCUGCGGUGAUAGAGAGCACACCUCGCAGAAGAACCAGGAUACAGGUCUUGUGGACUGCACCACCCAGUGGUACUGGGUGUGUUAUUCUCAAGGCCAGUAUUGUGCAGAAAAGAGUCAUCUUUUUCCAGGAUCAAGGCUCUCUCACCAUUCGACUGUGCGAGAAAGAGCGUGUUCCCGGUGAAGUCACAGAAGUACCUGCAAUCGAAUGCUGUGCCUGUGGAACUGCUAAAUAUAGACUUACCUUUUAUGGCAAUUGGUCAGAAAAUGUACAUCCAAAAGAUUAUCCAAAACGUGCCAACCACUGGUCGGCCCUGAUUGGUGCGUCCCACUCCAGGAGUUAUGUGCUGUGGGAAUACGGCGGCUAUGCCAGCGAGGGAGUUCGACAGGUGGCUGAACUCGGCUCCCCCAUCAAGAUGGAAGAAGAGAUUCGACAGAAGGGUGAUGAAGUGCUGACUGUCAUUAAAACCAAAGCUCAGUGGCCAGCAUGGCAGCCACUUAACCUGCGAGCUGCUCCCUCAGCAGAGUUUUCUGUGGAUAAGACCCGGCACCUUAUGUCCUUCCUGACUAUGCUCGGGCCCAGCCCAGACUGGAACGUGGGGCUGUCUGGAGAGGACCUUUGUACCAAGGACUGUGGCUGGGUCCAGAGACUUGUGGCAGACCUCAUACCCUGGGAUGCAGGCACAGACAGUGGUGUGACAUAUGAGUCACCAAACAAGCCCACUGUUCCUCAGGAGAAAAUACGGCCUCUGACCAGUCUGGAUCACCCUCAAAGCCCCUUCUAUGACCCAGAAGGGGGCGCAAUUAUUCCGGUGGCUCGGGUAAUGGUGGAACGUAUUGCUAGAAAGGGAGAACAGUGUAAUGUGGUGCCAGACACCAUCGAUGACAUAGUAGCCGAUAUUGGACAGGAGGAGAAGGAGGAAGAUGACACACCGGAGACGUGUAUCUAUUCUGCCUGGUCUCCCUGGUCAGCCUGUAGCAGCGCCACCUGUGACAAAGGUCGCCGAAUGAGGCAAAGGAUGCUAAAGGCUCAGCUGGAUCUCAGCGUACCUUGCCCUCACACCCAGGACUUCCAGCCCUGCAUGGCGCCGGGAUGCAGUAUGGAGGAGCCUUCAACAUGCAUGAUGUCGGAGUGGAUCAGCUGGUCUGCUUGCAGUGUUUCCUGUGGGAUGGGGAUGAGGUCCAGAGAGCGAUACGUCAAACAGUAUCCUGAGGACGGUUCGCUCUGUCAACUUCAAACUGAGGAGACUGAGAAAUGUGUUGUCAACGACGAAUGCUCUCCCAGCAGCUGUGUGGUGACAGAGUGGGGAGAGUGGGACCCCUGCAGCAUCACCUGCGGUGUUGGCAUGAGAAGACGUGAGCGCAUGGUGAAGAUGCCCCCUAUAGAUGGAUCCAUGUGCAAAACCGAGGUGGCCGAAGUGGAGAAGUGCAUGAUGCCAGAAUGCCACACUAUCCCCUGCAUGAUGUCCCCCUGGUCGGACUGGAGUGAGUGCAGUGUGACGUGCGGCCGGGGAGUUCGAAACCGUCAGAGGAUGCUGAAGUCGGAUCCUGCUGAGUGCACCGAGGAGCUGGAGCAAACCGAGAAAUGCAUGUUGCCUGAAUGCCCGGUGGACUGCAUGGUUUCAGAGUGGUCAGAGUGGUCGGAGUGCAACAAGUCCUGCGGUAAAGGACACACAAUUCGCACUCGAAUGAUCAAACUGGAGCCGCAGUUCGGGGGCAGCUCUUGUCCUGAGACCAUCCAGCGGAAGAAAUGCAAGAUCAGGAAGUGCCGCACAAAAGGGGGAGGCGGAAGUAAGGCCAAGGGAUCGGGUGCAGUGGGUUGUCGUAUGCAGCCUUGGACCAGCUGGACUGACUGCACUAAACCCUGCGGAGGAGGCUUACAGGAGCGCUUCAGGAUGGCAAAAAGAAGGGGAAAGGGCAAUUGCAAGGACCGGAGGGAGAUCCGUGCCUGUAACAAUGAUUCCUGCUACUUCUGAGCAGGGAGGAAAGGAGUGUUGCAAACAUCAGAAAUGUAAAAAUUUAAUAAGAAACUUGUUCUGUGUUGGCAGAAGGGAAGAGAGGGCGAUGAUAAUGGGUUAGUUUCAAACUUUUAAAAGGGAGAAACGGGCGAAACAGGAAGCAAGUGAUAAACUCAGAAGAUGGAAGGCAGAGUACAGAAAGAGAAGGUUUGAUGUUUAGUGAAGCUGUUGUAGAAAUUAGCAAACAGGAAGGGUUUUCAUUUUAGUACACACAGAAAGUAUUAGACACUAAGAUCUGUGUCCUGCAAAAAUUCUUUCAAAGAACUAACAGCUUUGUUAACCUCAGCAUUACCAACUCAUACAACGCUCCCACCAUCUGCAGUAUUGGGUUUUAAAUUAUGCAAUCAUGGUAAAAAAAGGAAAAGAAAGGACUCUCUUUUUCAAAUGUAUUUAGCAAAGUAUAACAAAAAUAAUUUGGUCUUUACAAGAUUUUGAAGCUUUUGAAGUAUAACUUUGAGUGUAAAAACACAAUGUUGGUUUGUGCUUUCUAUUCAACAAAGAUGAAGCCGAAUGGAGGAAGCUUCAUUUGAAAAACUAAGUACUCACAUAAUUCAAUAGGUUUCAGAAGCAUGUUUAGCUGCAGUGACUCUCAAUAGUCAUUUGUCUGACUUUAUCACUUAAUUGUGAAAAAAUUUUGUGCCUCUCGUCUUUCAGCAUUGUAUCAAACUGAAGUUUGUAGACAUUUUAUUCUGAAACAUCUCUUUUAAGGUCCAACCGAAGCGUCUGAACCAUGUUAAUGUCUAGACUUGGACUGGGACAUUCAGACAAAUCAAUUUGUUUCCUUUUAAAGCCAUAAUGUUGUAGAUCUGCUGCUGUGUUUGGUAUCUCUCUUCUGUUAAUGACCAGAGAUAUGACCAAAGGACAUUAUUCCACAAGUUCUGCGGUUCAUUCAGAGUCAAGUUCACAAACCAAUAGCAUGAUGCCAUUUUAUUUUUAGGUAAAGGAGGAUUUGCUCAGUAACUCUUUCCAAAAUCUAUACUUGUUGAGAAUUUUUUUAAUUACUCUUUAACUAAAUUUAACUUGUAACUUGAAGUUUCUCUUCUCAAAGCACUGCACAGUGUGUUGUUGGGGCACAGUCUCUGGGAUGUCCACCCAUCGGUAGAUUAUCUCUCUUAAAUGUUUUCCAACUUUAAAUAGUUGUUCUAACUCUAGAAUGAUGGGAUCAACUAAUUUAAAAAUGGCAUUUUAACUGCCUAUCUAUCUUGGCAGGCAUCAACAACUGCUUCUCAGAAAAUGUAUGUUGUUACACCCCAGAUGAGCAAGCUGCCAAUACUCCUGAAUUAAUAGUAAGUGAUCACGCUGAUGAUUCAUUUAUCAAGUAAAUUGGAUGUUUAUUUUAUCACACAUUUUCUUUUUGGCGUCGCGUUUGUGCAGUAAUUGAUAGUCUAGAAUGAAUUGGGUGUUUGUACACUUGAAGUUAUGUUUACAUAAUUGUAGAAGUUGUAAAAGGCCAGAUCAGUUUUGUUAUGUUUUGUCCUAGAACUGAAAAACUGAAAUACUUUUGUUUUUACCAUGCUCGUAGUUCAAGUUUAAACAGUAACUCCAGAAAUUUGACAUUUUGAUUAAUGAUUUCCACCUAUUUUCUUGUCUAAAAUACUAACAGGCUGCCACAGUUUAUCACGUAUUAAACAAAAGCGUCACUUAUAAAUCUCACUAAUACCAAUAUGCAAACAUUUAAAUUCAAAUUAUACAGAAAUCCUUUCUUAGAAAUUUUCUUUUGAGAUUUAAACAAAAACCUGGAUUUGUACUUUAAAUCAAUGAAAGAUAAGUUAUUGGCCUACAAAGAAGAUUUUUGUUGUCAUUAUUUAAUACUAAAUAAUACACAGCAUUUUUAACACUAUUGCUGUGAUUUUAUGUGUGAAAUGUGCAGCAUCAACUUACUCAGCUUUUUUUUUCUCAACAUAAACUAAUCAAGUUUCACGUUACUCUAAGACUAUGAGUGUGAUUCAAACUUUUCCUUCUAACUUACAAUGAAAAAGGACAGUAGAUAAAACUGAUUCCCAAUCUAUCAAACGUUUCAUUUCUAAUGGGAUUCCCCUGGUUUCAGUGUGCUUUAAAAAGCAUAGCAGUAAUUUAGUUGUGAAAGGAGAAUUGUUACUCUUCCUUACAAUCAUGUAUUUUUAUAAUUUAUCAUCAACAAGUUUUUCUUUUCAUCUCCAACAGUAUAAGGAUAUGAUGGUUUUUUAAAAUAAAAAUAUUGGGGGCUUUUUGCAGGACACAGAUGAUUAAACAAGAAAUCUUUUAGGGCUUCAAAAUGUACUGUAAAUCUAUCUAACCACACUUAUAAAAGACACUGCUAGGUAAUCACUAAACUGCUUUCUCUAUUAAACAAAUACUUUAUGUGGAAAUGUUUUAUACUGUUCAGAUUAGUUCUUUAUAUACUGUACUGCUGUUUAUCUGUUGUUUCAGCUGAUGUAGCAUUAAAAGCUGCGAUAACAUCACAGAACUUUGAUUUAGCAUGUGCAAUUUUCUGUUUUCGCUAGUAUGCUUCUCCAGGUGUACUUAUUGCCACAGAACAGAUCGUUUAAAGGCUGCGUCUGCUUUAGUUAUCCUUAGUGAUCCUAGGAGAGUCGCGUUGAGCUGAUCUGCUGCUUUGAUCUGGAAGUUUACACUUUUCAAACAUUUCAACAUUUCAAGCAACUCACCAUGCAGCCAGUCAUUAUCUGAGCUUUUGCUAGAAGAUUUUGUCGUAUAUAUUUUUUGUGUUGCUUACUUUCUUUUUUGUUUUUGUACCUUUUUUGUAUUCGUCAGCAGGUUAGUUUUCUGUUUAAAUAAAAAUCAUCAUCACCAAAGUUAGAUUUCUGGAGCUACUUUCUUUAAAUUCUGAUUAUUUUGUUGCUUUUGCUCUCUUUUUGUUCAUUUCUGUGUCACAUAAGUGUUUUGUAAGAAACCGCCUUUACAAUAAAAGUGUAAAUGUUAAGAUUUUCUUCAAUUAUUGAACAUUUUUUUUAAUCUAAGAUUACUUUCAGCAUUAUCUAAGUUCAAUAAGGCGUAUUAUCAAAAUUAGAAAAGAUGAAAAAAAAACAAAAAUGCGAGUGCAAUAUGUUCCUAUUCAUAAAUACAAAUAUAGAAUUGUAUUCAAUAAAGGAGCUUUUAUUUCUAAAAUCAGUAAUUCACUUUUUAGUUCCCAGAAUGAUAAUUGGUCUUUCAUCUUAUUUGAGUUUAGCAAUCGUCAAAACUAGAUUUUAUUCUUAUAUUUAAGAUCAAACAAGAAAUAUUUUUGCUUUGUAAAACGUUUGAAACCAGGUAUUUGCACCCACUGUUAGAAAUGACACAUAACCUUUUUUUCUUUUUUUUCCCCCUCAUUACUCUUUUACAUCAAGCCACAAUAAAUUUUCCUGUUUUAGGUCAGUUUGGAUUUUUGAAAUUAUUUCUGUUUGUUCAGCAACGUUUUACAAUACCAGCAAAACGUUGCAGAGCCGGGAUGACAUUCUCUUUUUAUUAUUCAGAAGUGUCUUUUAGGUGGUCUUGAAAAAAUCCUCUAGAAUUUUUCCUGAAGUUUAUGUUAUUCUGAUAUUUCUCACUCACCUUAUGUGAAGUACGAAAGCAGGACACAAUAUUGUGCAGUAAACGUAUUUUUAAAAAUGUACGGUAAUUUUGAUUAAAAGAGGAACAAUCAGCUGAUUUUCACCCCUGAUCCUUGGAGAAGAGAUGUGACUAAAGAUUGUGUUGUAAUGUGCCACAGCAGAACUACAUUAAACUGUGUAUAAAGGUGGAUGUUACUCAAAUAUUUCUCAUUAAACUUUUAACAGUUGACACAA